AACUCAAAACGAUUAAGUUAACCUUAAACUCUCACACCGUCGGCUGCCACUAACGCGCAUUCUCUCUCAACAAUGAACAUCACUCACUCUCUCUCCUCCCUCACCAUCGCCAUUGAUGACUCUCACUCUUUCUCUCUCUCCUCCAAAACAAUCAGACCUCCGCUACUCCACUUUUCGCCGCCGACAAUUUUCUCGCUCCUACUGCGAACACAUGCUUCGCUCUCUUUUUCCUUCCGCCGGUAACGGCUUCCUCGAUUCUUCAACUUCCGACGAUAUGCCGUCGGAAAAUUUCGUAUUUGUCCGGCGAACUCUCGCCGUUUUUUUCUUCUUCGCCGCCAUUUUCUUCGUAUAUAACUGCGCUUACUCCUUGCGUUUCCUCGCCGACAGCUCUUUCGUUUCUUCCGCUACUCCUUCGUCCGUCAGUUUUCUCGGUUUUACAGACGAUGUUUCCUCUCAGGAUAGUGAGGAGUACAGGCUUGAAAAAGUCUUGAAUAAUGCUGCCACUGAAGAUAAAACUGUUAUUAUAACAACUCUGAAUGAAGCCUGGGCAAUGCCUAAUUCUAUUAUUGAUCUCUUCCUCGAGAGCUUUAGGAUUGGGCAUCAUACACGAAGACUUUUGAACAACCUAGUGAUUGUUGCAUUGGAUGACAAAGCAUUUAGACGAUGCUUAAGUUUACAUCGCCAUUGCUAUGCUCUUUCGACUGAAGGCAUCGAUUUUUCUAAAGAGGCAUACUUUAUGACACCUGAUUACCUGAAAAUGAUGUGGAAAAGGAUCGAUUUCUUGCGAAGUGUCCUUGAGAUGGGAUACAAUUUUAUAUUCACUGACGCUGAUAUCAUGUGGUUCAGAGAUCCAUUUCCACGCUUCUUUCCUGAUGCUGAUUUUCAGAUUGCAUGUGACCAUUUCUCAGGUGACUCAUUUACUGUACACAAUAGGCCUAAUGGAGGUUUUAAUUAUGUCAAAUCAAACAACCGGUCAAUUGAGUUCUACAAGUUUUGGUACUCAUCACAAGAACAAUAUCCUGGAUACCAUGAUCAGGAUGUCUUAAACCGUAUUAAAAAUAAUUCAUUUAUCUCGGAGAUCGGGCUGGAGAUGAGAUUUUUAGAUACUGCUUACUUCGGCGGAUUCUGUGAACCUAGCAAAGAUUUGAAUCUUGUUUGUACCAUGCAUGCCAAUUGUUGUUAUGGUAUUAAUAGCAAGCUACAUGACCUUAAAAUUUUGCUUCAAGACUGGAGAAGAUUUAUGUCUUUGCCUCCGAGUUUGAAGCACUCGCAAGGGUAUUCCUGGAGGGUUCCCAACAACUGCAGCCUAAGUGCAUAUCACCCUGCCCAAACUCCAGUGGAGAGUGAUGAAGAAGAUGAAAGUUGAUCUGUAAUCAACAUUUGGGUUUUACUCAAAAUUGACUAUUUAUGGUUGGCAAAAUUGGCCUGUGGUUCCAAGGUAAUUUCUGUCAAUCAAUAAACUGUAUGUAUCCUCAUAGGCAUAUGCCUAUGUGGGUGGUAUAGCUAGAUCACCAAACUCUGAUAUAGGAAAAUUGUACAGUUUAAGGUCAUUGCAAUGUUGAAUACUAAAGUCGAUGCAGGAUUGAACAGUUGGACUGCCUAUUUUGUGCCUUGACUACUCUCUCAAGUCUCAAUGAUGCAUUGUUAUCUCUGAUUGCACAAGUUGCUCACUAUUUACCAGUUUUUCUGGUCAGUCACGAAGUAUCAGAUGCCAAACUCUGGAUAAGUCCUUGUUCAUGUGUGCUGAAGGAUUCUGGAAUUUAGCCAGUUUUACUGGUACUCUUCUACCUCAAGAACCAAGUCCUAGGUUUCAUUUGGAGUUGGUUAGCCAUCUUAUUCUGUUUCUGAGGAGAUGAGGCAAUGUUUCAACAUACCAAGACGACAGAACAAUCCCAAUAUUGGCGAAAUUUGUAACGGUAAGGAAAUGGGAUUACCUCUGUUUUAUAUAUUAGUCGUAGCUUAUUUAUAAGAGUGAAUAUCUUUCCCAAAGUGACAUUAAGUUGGGAAAUUUAUAAUAAUACACAUUGGUUUAUGUUUAGUGUUUGUAAUAUUAGUAAAUCCUCUUGCUACAUUAGAUAAUAUUGAGUGUAUGAAACUUGAGUUUUUUUUCCCCAUAGAUGAUGUGAAGGCAAGAUAAGGUGAGCACCGCGAUAUCCAAUAUCCUGCUCUUAUUUCA